AUGUUCAUCCAUUUCAAAAGUCGGUAUUUCUGAAUUAUUAUAAAUGUGAGGACAAAUGCACAGAUGUGAAGCAUCUGAUCCUCAAAACUAGACGACAAGUCCAACAAAUGAAUAAUAACCGCAAGCUUUCCCAGAGAUAUUGUAAUGAUCUCUGCUGCAAAGAUAGCAUACGGAUAAUCCUUUAA